AUGCCUAAGGUGACAACAGUGGCGCCGCGAUGUUUGGAAGAAGCAACUCAUGUAGUCCACUUGAAGGGCUUUGGCUGUGGCCGCUUCCCAGAAGAUGGGCGUGGCUGUUGUGAUCUUUGGCUGGUGGAGAUGCUGGCAGCUGCUUGUGGUACCUCUGGUGUCAUUGCUUGGGAUGGCGAUGAGUUCGGGGAGGACAGCUUCACCCGCAUUCUUGACAAGGCCUUGUCAAGCCGCUCCAUUCCAGCUGUGGCCUUCUAUUGGCGGAGCCUAAAGGACUCAUUCCUCGAAUCUUGGCAACCUCGAGCAGAAAGAUACUCUGGCGGGCUUCAUUUGGUGCUUCUUGAAGAGAACAAGACCUGUGGAAGCCCACGGAGUGAUGCAAGUUGGGUGCAACUUGGCAUCGCUGCUUUGCGCUUCACCAGGGCAAAGCAAGUGUUGUCGCUGGGCGGUGGAGGUGUUGUUGCCGAGGAGGCUGCUAUUUGUGCUAAGGACGAGCAAUUGAACCAGGUGCAUUGGCGCCUCAUUUUGCUUUCCAGGCUGUCCAUCUUCAAUUAA